AGCAUGAACUCGUUGCUAUCGGUACAUUACAGUCGGCGUUGUGGUUUGUGCAACAAGUUAAUUGAAUUGCCACAUAGUUUUUAUAUAAAUUUCUGCAAAUUAGCCAAGCAUAAGCAGCUUAUCGAGAGUUAAGCCAGAGUUUAACAUACGAUAUAGCGAGCCCAUAUACAUAUAACACAAAAAAAGCUUGUGUAAUGUCAGCAUUAAGGUUUCUAAGUGCCGUUGGCCAAAUAUCCAAACAGCAAUUGCUGAACAAUAAAUGCUCAAGAGCACAUCCAUUCUCUGCACAACUCCAGCGACGUCUAAUGUCUACGAAUUUAGCACCGGCUGCGGCUGCUUCUGCCCAGAAGCAUCUGCACACCAAAGUCAUCGAUGGGGUUAUGGUGAUCAAGAUUGAUUCACCCAAUGUGAAGGUUAAUUCGCUGGGCGCAGAGGUGAGCAACGAGUUCGAGAGCGUCAUUAAGGAUCUAGAGACAAAUGCGGCUGUCAAAGCGGCAGUGCUCAUUUCGGGCAAACCGGGCUGCUUUGUUGCGGGCGCCGAUAUUGGCAUGCUGGAGGCCUGCAAGUCAGCCGAGGAUGCCACACUCAUCUCGCACGGUGGUCAGAUCUUCUUCGAUCGCCUGGAGCGCAGUCGCAAGCCCGUUGUGGCCGCUAUUAGCGGUGUCUGCCUGGGUGGCGGCCUCGAAUUGGCGCUUGCCUGUCACUAUCGCAUCGCCACCAAAGACAGCAAGACCAAGCUGGGUCUGCCGGAAGUUAUGCUCGGCCUGCUGCCAGGCGGUGGCGGCACUGUGCGCCUGCCCAAGCUGACAUCGGUGCCCACUGCCUUGGACAUGGGGCUGACAGGCAAACAGAUCCGUGCCGAUCGUGCCAAGCGUAUGGGUAUCGUCGAUUUGCUCGUCGAUCCCGUCGGACCCGGCCAGCAGUCAGCGGCGCAAAACUCCAUGGACUAUCUGGAGAGGACAGCCAUACAAGUAGCCAACGAUUUGGCCAGCGGCAAACUGCGCGUCAAUCGCGAGAAAUCUGGCUUGGUCGAUAAGCUGCAGGCGCUCGUCAUGGACACGGACUUUGUGAAGAACAAAAUCUUUGACACAGCCCGCAAACAGGUGAUGAAGGCCACGGGUGGUCUCUAUCCAGCGCCCCUCAAGAUUCUCGAGGUGAUUCGCACUGGAGUCGACAAGGGUACCGAUGCUGGCUUCGAAGCCGAGCGCAAAGGCUUCGGUGAAUUGGCGGCCACACCGCAAUCGAAGGGUCUGAUGGCGCUUUUCCGUGGGCAGACCGAGUGCAAGAAGAAUCGCUUUGGCAACCCACAGCGGGCAGUAGAAACUGUGGGCGUGCUGGGUGCUGGCCUGAUGGGCGCCGGCAUUGUGCAGGUGUCCGUGGACAAGGGCUACAAGGUGAUAAUGAAGGAUGCUACCGAGCCGGGCCUGGCACGCGGCAUUGGCCAGGUGCAGAAGGGACUGGAGACGGCUGUGAAGCGCAAGCGCAUCACGGCACUGAAACGCGAUCAAGUGAUGUCCAUGCUGCUGCCCACAUUGAACUACAAGGACUUUGAGAAGGCCGACAUUGUGAUCGAGGCCGUUUUCGAGGACAUCCAAAUCAAGCAUCGUGUGAUCAAGGAACUGGAGGCUGUCGUGCCCGAACACUGCAUCAUUGCCAGCAACACCAGCGCCAUACCCAUUACACAGAUUGCAGCUGGUAGCUCUCGUCCCGAUAAAGUGGUUGGCAUGCAUUAUUUCUCGCCGGUGGACAAAAUGCAACUGCUGGAGAUCAUAACGCAUCCAGGCACCUCCAAGGAUACCGUUGCCCAGGCCGUUGCCGUUGGCCUCAAGCAGGGCAAGGUGGUGAUCACGGUGGGAGAUGGUCCCGGUUUUUACACCACACGAAUUCUCGCCACCAUGUUGUCAGAGGCCAUAAGACUACUGCAAGAGGGCGUGGAUCCUAAGGAACUGGACCAGCUCACCAAGAAGUUUGGCUUCCCCGUGGGCGCUGCCACACUGGCCGAUGAGGUGGGCAUUGAUGUGGGAUCUCACAUUGCUAUUGAUUUGGCCAAAGCAUUCGGCGAACGUUUCAGCGGUGGCAAUCAGCAAGUCAUGAGCGAUCUGGUGUUGGCUGGUUUCCUUGGCCGCAAAUCGGGCAAGGGCAUUUUCCUGUACGAUGGCCAAACCAAGGGUAGCCGCCCCAUAAACACCGAGGCACUCGAAAUUGUCAAGCAGAAGUAUUCUUUAGACUCCAAGGGCGCCAAUACGCCCGAGGAUAUGACCCUGCGCCUGGUGUCGCGCUUCGUGAACGAGGCAGUGCUGUGCCUAGAGGAGAAGAUACUGGACAGUCCGUUGGAGGGCGAUGUGGGCGCCGUAUUCGGCUUGGGCUUCCCCCCAUUCACCGGCGGCCCCUUCCGCUGGGUCGAUCAGUACGGUGCUGGCAAAUUGGUUAGCAAAAUGCAGUCAUUUGCCGAACUAUAUGGUGCUCCAUUUAAGCCCUCCCAAACUCUGCUCGAUAUGGCCAAGGAUCCGUCCAAGAAAUUCUAUCCCAAGACUUCUGAUGCAAAAUUGUAAACGACAAUAAUCAUAAUCGAUAAUUAGCUUUAUAGUGAAUUUAUACCCGUAUCACCUUUGCAUUUCUUUCACCAAUUCGUUAGAGUGAGCAUAAUUGUGUUUUGAGUUUGAUAAUAAAGUGUAUAAUGUAAUAUUUUCAUA